UGCGACCACCGCCGCCGCCGCCGCCACUCCGACCGCGCCGUCGCUCAUGAUGCCAAAGGUGCUCGAGACGGUCGUGCAGGCCAAGACGGGUCUCAUCCCGCCGCACGAGUGGCACGCCUUUUGGAGCGCCGUCGAGGGCUGCAUGCGGCUGCAGGACGCAGACAACAAUGGCGUGUCUGCCGACGAGCGCGGCGCGGCCGGCGGCAAAAAGGCGCGGCUCGCGCGGUGCGGCGAGUGCAGCGGGUGCACGCGCGGCGACUGCGGCGAGUGCAAGAAUUGCAGGGACAAGCCCAAGUACGGCGGGCCCGGCGUCAAGAAGCAGGCUUGCCUCUGCCGCGUGUGCAGCAACCCGGUCGCCGAGAGCGUCGCGGCCGCCGUCGAGGCGGAGAACCCGAGCACCGAGGGCUUCCUCAGCUCGGAGGCGUCGCCGGCCUUCCGACCGACGCCCGGCGCGACCGCCACGCCGGAGCCGCUCGAGCUGGGGCCUCGCGUGGCGCUGCCAGCCGACGGCGACGAGUCGGGCGCUCCGAUGGAGGCGGCCGAGGCGGCGACGGAGGAGGAGGAGGAGGGGGAGGAGGAGGCGACGGCCGAGGAGGAGGAGGAGGACGACGACGACGAGCGGGAGGCGGCGGUGCCGUCGGGCGAGCACGGCGUCAACAGCAUGAUGCUCGCCACCCGGCAGAGGCUCUCCGAGCUGCGCGAGCAGGCGGGCUCGGCGGCCUCGUCGCCGUGGUCGGACGAUGACAUUGACGGCGCGACGGCCUACUCGACGGCCGACGACGUCGAGUGCGAGCAGGCCGCGGGCAUGUGAACGGUCGGUGCAGUGGCUGCGUGCUUGCAUCUUCCUGCGAGAGUGCUGGACUAUUUAUGCGUGGACCCCUGCCCGUGGCACACCCCUGACAGAGCCGUGACUCACCCACCCCUGCCCCCCGGGGUGGCUGGAGCGCUCAGGACCGUCCCAGUGGACUAACAGUGAACUCAUGUCUCCUUACCCCGUGCCCUGUUCGUACCUGCUCCUCUUGUCCGCUGUCCUCUCUCCGCGCCUUUCUCGUUUCUGCGUGUUGUUGUGUGGCUCUCAGUAAUCCCUGUCUCGUGCAUGCCGUGUGUAAUGAUCGUCGACUUUGUCCCCCUCCACCACCCUCGCCCAGGGAUCUACAAUGCUAAUGGUAACACUUGUCU